AUGUCGUCAAACUCGAACGAUGUAUCGCCGGAGGCGAUGCAGUCGCGUAUUCAACAAGCCCGUCGUGAAGCAGAGUCAUUAAAAGAUAGGAUAAAGCGCAAGAAGGAUGAUUUGGCAGAUGCAACGCUGAUGAACCUUGCGAGGGCUCAACAAGAAGCUUUACCAAAGAAUCAAAUGAUGAAGACCCGAAAGACAUUAAAAGGACAUCUCGCAAAGAUUUAUGCAAUGCACUGGUCAACUGAUAGAAGACAUUUGGUAUCAGCAUCGCAAGACGGUAAAUUAAUUAUUUGGGAUGCAUACACAACCAACAAGGUCCAUGCUAUUCCUCUACGAUCUUCGUGGGUCAUGACCUGUGCCUAUGCACCAAGUGGUAAUUACGUCGCAUGUGGUGGAUUGGAUAACAUCUGUUCUAUCUAUAACCUAAACUCAAACCGUGACGGACCUACAAGAGUUGCUCGGGAACUUUCUGGACAUUCCGGUUACCUUUCUUGUUGUCGAUUCAUCAAUGACCGAAGUAUCCUUACGUCUUCAGGAGACAUGACUUGUAUGAAGUGGGAUGUCGAAACGGGAUCAAAAGUCACCGAGUUCGCAGACCAUUUGGGUGAUGUUAUGAGCAUCAGUAUUAAUCCAACUAACCAAAAUACAUUUGUUUCAGGCGCUUGCGAUGCCUUUGCGAAACUUUGGGACGUUCGUGCAGGCAAGGCUGUUCAAACUUUCGCGGGACAUGAAUCAGACAUCAACGCCAUUCAAUUCUUCCCAGAUGGGCACUCCUUCGUUACCGGUUCCGAUGAUGCUACCUGCAGACUUUUUGAUAUCCGUGCUGAUAGAGAGCUCAAUCAAUAUGGACAUGAAUCUAUUCUCUGUGGUAUCACAUCUGUGGCCUGCUCUGUAUCUGGCAGGCUUUUAUUUGCUGGAUAUGAUGAUUUUGAAUGCAAGGUAUGGGAUAUCACUCGCGCCGAGAAGGUCGGAUCAUUAGUUGGACAUGACAACCGUGUCAGUUGUCUGGGUGUUAGUAAUGAUGGGAUGAGCUUGUGCACUGGAUCAUGGGAUUCAUUGCUCAAGGUUUGGGCCAUGUAG